CCGGCGGGGGAGGGGAGGCGGAAGUACCCGCCGCUUCGUCCUGAUUGGGCGAGAGCAGGAGGCGGAGCAAGGCCACUGAGGUUCUGUGGGGGGCGCGAGCCCCGCGUGUCCUGCCAGUUGCAUAAUGGCGGACUGUAAUCCCUCCCCACUUAAGCACUUUGUAUUGGCUAAGAAGAAGAUUACUGCUAUUUUUGAAGAGCUGCUGAGUUAUGUUACCGAAGGAGCAAGCUUUGUUGAAGAAACCUACAAAAACCCAGAGCUUGAAUGUAUAGCUACCAUGGACGAACUUGCAGAAAUACAGGCAUAUAAAAACAAGCUGGCCAUAAUUGGUGAAGUAUUAGCACGGCGGCAUAUGAAAGUAGCUUUUUUUGGCAGAACCAGCAGUGGGAAGAGCUCUGUGAUCAAUGCGAUGCUGUGGGACAAGGUGCUGCCAAGCGGCAUUGGGCACACCACUAACUGCUUUCUCAGUGUAGAAGGAACCGAUGGCGAUAAAGCUUACCUGAUGACUGAAGGCUCAGACGAAAAGAAGAGUGUUAAGGCAAUUAAUCAACUUGCCCAUGCACUCCAUAUGGAUAAAGACUUAGAAGCUGGUUGCUUAGUUCAUGUCUUUUGGCCUAAAACCAAAUGUGCCCUCCUGAGAGACGACUUGGUCUUAGUGGACAGUCCAGGCACUGACGUCACCACAGAGCUUGACAGCUGGAUUGACAAAUUCUGCCUGGAUGCUGAUGUUUUUGUUUUAGUUGCUAAUUCGGAGUCAACCCUCAUGAAUACGGAGAAACAGUUUUUCCACAAAGUGAAUGAAAAACUUUCUAAACCAAACAUUUUUAUCCUGAAUAACCGCUGGGAUGCUUCUGCCUCAGAACCUGAAUACAUGGAGGAUGUACGCAAACAGCACAUGGAGCGUUGCCUGACUUUCUUGGUGGAUGAGCUCAGAGUUGUGGAUCGUUCUGAAGCCCAAAAUCGAAUUUUCUUUGUUUCAGCCAAGGAAGUUCUCAGUGCAAGGAAACACAAAGCUCAGGGCAUGCCUGAGGGAGGUGAUGCACUCGCCGAGGGAUUUCAGACACGGUUCCAAGAAUUUAAGCAUUUUGAGAAAAUAUUUGAGGAGUGUAUCUCGCAAUCAGCUGUGAAAACCAAGUUUGAGCAGCACACUAUCAGAGCUAAACAGAUCCUUGAGACUGUGAAAAACAUUAUGGACAGCGUAAACGUGGCAGCAGCCCAUCAAAGAGUGCAUUCAAUGGAAGAACGAGAGGAGCAGAAAGACAGGUUGGAAUUCGUGCGAAACCAGCUCAACUUUUUAACAGACGAGAUUAAGAGGAAAAUUAAAGAAGUUACAGAAGAAGUUGCCAACAAGGUGUCUUCUGCCAUGACUGAUGAAAUUUGUCGGCUUUCUGUUUUGGUAGAUGAGUUUAACUCUGAUUUCCAUCCAUCCCCACAAGUUUUGAAGCUUUAUAAAGGUGAACUCAACAAACACCUAGAGGAAGGAUUAGGAAGGAAUCUGGCUGACCGUUGCUCCAGUGAAGUCAACAACUCUAUGCAUCAAUCCCAACAAGAAAUGAUUGAAAAUCUGCAGUCGCUCUUGCCUUCUGAUGUCCAGGACAAGCUCCACUUGCUCAUUCCAUGCAGGCAAUUUGACCUGAGCUACGAUUUGAACUGCCACAGCCUCUGCUCAGAUUUUCAGGAGGAUAUCACAUUUCGGUUCUCCCUGGGCUGGACGGCUCUUGUUAGUCGCUUCCUGGGCCCUCAACACGCUCACCGGGUUCUGCUCAGCAUGGCAGAACCAGCUCUUGCCAUCCCUAGAUCUCUUGCCUCCACUCCUUGCACCACUAGUGCUCCCACUCUAACCCCGGAGAAUGCAUCGCAGGAGGAGCUUAUGGUUUCCUUGGUCACCAAUCUGGCCUCACUGACAUCUCGGACUUCCAUGACGGUCGUCAUCCUUGGCGGUCUGAUUUGGAGAACGGUUGGCUGGAAGGUCAUCUCUCUUUCCCUGAGUAUGUAUGGGCUAUUGUAUCUCUACGAGAGGCUUACUUGGACAAUGAAAGCCAAAGAACGGGUUUUUAAGCAGCAGUUUGUCAACUAUGCUACAGAAAAGCUGCAACUGAUCAUCAACCUUACCAGCGCAAACUGUAGCCAUCAGGUGCAACAGGAAAUGGCCACCACAUUUGCUCGCCUCUGCCAGCAGGUUGAUAUCACAGAGAAGAAUCUGGAGGAGGAGAUUGAACGCUUGUCCAAAACAAUUACUCAGCUAGAAAAAAUCCAGAACAGCUCAAAGCAUCUACGGAAGAAAGCUGUUUAUCUUGAAGAUGAAUUUGACUGUUUUUCCAAGGAUUUUCUCCAGAAAAAGAAGUGUGGAAUUUAAAAGAUUAGCACCAUUUCCCUCUCCUUUAAGUCACAUGAAUUUUUCCUGCUCCUUUGACUACCCUACUUCUCCAUUGCUACCCGGCUGUUCUGAUACUUACUUAGGCUAUGAAUUCUGCCUAAGAACUCAGGAAGGAAGCAGCAUUUACUAUUGACUGAAUCAUUUUGCAACUUUUCGCAAGAGAACUAAUUUAUAUUUACUGUUGCAUAUGACAUUUAUUUGGAAAUGUACGAAGUAUAUAAAAUAAAAACACCUAUAAUAUUUUGUAUUAAUGUUUAUCCCAAGGGUCAGCUCCUCUUCUGGCAUCCAGGAGAAACAUUUCCCACCCCAGUCCUGUAUCAUACUGCUAACUGCAAUUCUCCGUGGGAGUGAGCAACGGUGAUUUUUUCGAAGACUCUUGUUAAAGAGCAAUAAUACAGAACGCUGCCAAUUUUUGAAAGAGAUUUGUGGUGUUUGGAUGUAGAGACGAUCAGUUUUCUUAAUGCCAUUCUAGGUUUUUCAUUUGGCUGAAAGAGGAAUUAAACUUCCAAACUUUGUGUUGCAUAUUGAAAGCUUUAUGUUCUUACUAAGGGAGUUCUUGUCUUAAGUCACAGAUUAAUUUAGCAGAAAAUCUGGAUGUCCUGUACUUACUCUGCUUCUCAGAGUAGCUGUUGUAUGAUGGCUGUGGUCGGCAGGCAUCCUUUUCUCAAAAGGGAGUUUUAGGAAACCAGAGUACUGUCAUAAUGUGUGUGAUAAACGGUGGUAAUGUCUAACCUUACAGAACAUCAGCAUUAUUUUAAUUUAGGACUUGUGUGAUGCCUGGAUAGCUAAAAUUCAUUUGGAUAGUACAAUCCAAACCACGAAUUUGAAGUUAAUUUUUUGUGCAGUUUCUAAAGUAUGUAUUUAAAAAAAAAAGUUCCCAGGAUUAUAGCUGCUUCACCUGGGACAAGUGAGAAGGAAAUAAUGUCCAGGUACUUCUUGUAUCCUUCCUUCCCUUACUCACAGCUGAAAUAUCUGAGAUUAAUGUCAGUCAGUGACUCAAUCAGUUAUGGAGGCAAACACACGGUGUUGCUUGUCCAUUUAUUCACGUUGGUGGAAUGUUCUAAUGGUUGACAUAACCAAGGGCUUCUCUGUGUUUUGAGUAUUCGUCUUGUAUCUUCUCAUCACCACCUUUGGUUGGCACCUUCUACUCCUUUGGAAUUAUAUAAUUAAUGUGCUAAUUUAUGAACUACUUUUCUGGCAGCAUAAUUGGCAUGGAAGUCAUUUUAACCAAGAAAAUACAAAUAUGCAUUUUUAAAAAAAAAUGAUAAUUAAUUCUACAAAAAUGUCUGCUAUUGUGGUGGUACUUGGAAGGAGUUCAUGAGAUACAAAGGGCUAAUGAUGCCACUGGCAGUUUUCUCAAAUUCCUGUCUUCAGCGACAAGAGGUUCAUUCUGGUAUUACUCUGAUGCAUUUGAAUGUUUAAUGUGGUUCUUCUGUUCUCAUGUGAGAUCAAUACAGUAAUUAUAGAUGCAACCAGUGACAUUCUCCUGAAAUGUUAAAGUGACAACUUGAAACACACAAGUAAACUGAUUUAAAAAUUGCAGCUG